AUGAAUUUAUCGCCUACAGUUACACCACAAGAAUGCCAACAUUUUCCUAAAAUUCAAGGCAAGAGAAACACAACAAAAAGAAAAUCUUGUGGAAGUGCAUUGUUAACUAACACGCCAUACAAAACUGCUCUUGAAGAGAUCAAAAGGAACAAGAAAAUCAGAACCAACAAGAAGCAAAAAGAAAGGCAAUUAAAAGGAAAAUGGAAAUAA